AUAAAUUGAUGAGGAUAAUAAGCCAUUCAAAAACCCGAACCUUCAGAAUCUACUUUCACCAAUGGCUGUCCUAAAAACACCAGCUGUCACUGUUCUCUCUCCAUCACGGCCAAUAAAGUCAUGCCACGUAUCAUUACGCCAACAUUCUCUCCGCCACAAUUCAUGUCUGCUGCAGCCUCAUCAAAAAUGCACUAUCACAACAACAACAACCUCGUAUCUGUCGAAGGAAUCUGGUUUAAGUCGAAGUGUUAAUGUUGCGGUGAGGUCACAGCUGAGAUAUCCUAUCAUAUCCCCUGAUGAUCAUUGGGGUGUUUGGUCAACUAUCUUUAGCAUCGGCGCUUUUGGUCUCUGGUCGGAGAAGACUAAAAUUGGGAGAAUGGUGAGUGCUGCAUUAGUGAGCACAUUAGUUGGACUUGCAGCAAGUAAUCUAGGAAUUCUUCCUCAUGAUGCACCUGCAUAUUCCAUUGUCUUGGAGUUUCUUUUACCACUUACUAUUCCAUUGCUAUUGUUUGGAGCAAAUUUGCACCAAGUGAUUCGUUCGACUGGCACACUUCUCUUAGCUUUCUUACUCGGGACAGUUGCUACUGUGGUUGGCACUCUAGUGGCAUUUCUUUUGGUGCCUAUGAGAUCUCUUGGUCCUGACAACUGGAAAAUAGCAGCAGCUCUCAUGGGUAGCUAUAUUGGUGGAUCUGUUAAUUAUGUUGCGAUUUCAGAGGCGCUUGGUUUGUCUGCAUCAGUUUUAGCCGCAGGAGUUGCAGCAGAUAAUGUUAUCUGUGCUGUUUAUUUUAUGGUGUUGUUUGCAUUGGCUUCUAAAAUACCUGCUGAGACUGCACCACCAACCACUGCUGAUAAUGCAAUGCAUAUGAUGAAGUCAGAUAAUCAAGGAAACGUGCCUGUGUUGCAGACAGCUACAGCAGUUGCUACAUCAUUUUUAAUAUGCAGAGCUGCCACAUACUUCACAAAACUUUAUGGUAUCCGAGGAGGAACUCUUCCAGGUGUAACUGCAAUCAUAGUCAUUUUAGCAACUCUUCUCCCAAAGUUGAUUAGUCCCCUNNUUCCUGCUGGUCAUAUUGUUGCCUUGGUUUUGAUGCAGGUAUUUUUUGUGGUGGUUGGAGCAAGUGGAAGCAUACUAAAUGUAAUCAAAACAGCCCCAAGUAUUUUCUUGUUUGCUUUAGUGCAAAUAACUAUCCAUCUUCUAAUUGUUCUUGGAUUAGGAAAGUUAUUUAAGCUUGAUUUGAAGCUUUUACUUAUAGCAUCAAAUGCUAAUAUUGGAGGCCCUACAACAGCUUGUGGUAUGGCUAAGGCUAAAGGAUGGGAAUCUUUAGUUGUUCCUGGAAUUCUUACAGGCAUUUUUGGUGUUUCAAUUGCAACAUUUUUAGGUAUUGGUUUUGGAUUAAUGGUUCUAAAACACUUGUAGGAAUUAUAAUUAUAAUUUCUAAUGUUUAAUUAGAUGCUUACAACAACUAAUUGGACAAAAUUCACUCA